AUAGGCAACUUAUCACCUUAAAUAAAGAGUGCGUAAAAAAAAUCACUCAAAAAAGAGGUACAUAAUAUCUACUAAAAUCUUUACCAUUUUAGUCAUCUAUGGAGAAUAUUAUUAGAAGAGUUGGCUAUAAUUGGGCCACUUUAGCUUUGUUCAUGGCCUUUGCAAUGAGCAUUGCUACUCAACUUUACGUAGCUAAUGCCUCCGAUCCUUCUCCCCUUCAAGAUUUUUGUGUCGAGGCGCAUCACUUUAAUUCUGGAGCCUAUGUGAACGGGAAGUACUGUAAGAACGAGGAUGCAGUAACAACGAACGAUUUCGUGUUCAAAGGGUUUGACCAACCUGGAGACACAAACAACACUCAAGGAGCUAAGGCCACACUAAUCGAUAUCAACAAAUUCGCAGCGGUUAACACGCUAGGGGUGUCCAUUGCUCGUGUAGAUUUCGGACCGUAUGGUCUAAACACUCCUCAUUUUCACCCUCUAGGCUCGGAGAUAUUUGCCGUGCUAGAGGGCACCCUAUAUGCUGGUUUUGUGACAACUAAGAAUAAACUUUAUGACACGGUACUUAAAAAAGGUGACAUAAUUGUUUUUCCACAAGGUUUGUUACAUUUUCAACUAAAUCUUGAUGAUACGGACGCUUUUGCAAUUGCAACAUUUGGUAGCCAAAAUCCGGGACGUAUUAACAUUGCUGAUGGUGUGUUUGGAACACCUAUCUUAGAUGAGGUGCUUACCAAGGCCUUUCAAGUAAAUGAGAAGGCGAUCGAACAACUUCGAGCUCAAUUUUCGACUGACAACGUCUCCGAUGAUAAUCCCCGGAAAUCAAUUCUAAAACUAUUAUCUCAAGUUUCAAGAUAAUAAUGCUACUAGUAGUUCAUUUUUAAGUAUGGUAUGUUUGGAAAAUAUUAAUGGGUGAUCAAGUUGUGUGAUAUUCACCCAUAAGAGAUAAAAGUAGUGCGUGAUUUGAUGUUUGAGGUUGUAUUGGAACUAAAUAAAAUAUUGAUG